AUCUUUUUUGUAUGGAAAAAGAAGAUGAUGAUGGUGCACCCAUAGUCUAGCAGAAGGGAAAUAUUAUGGUGCAUGCAAUUUGAAAGGGAUGAAGACCGUAGUGAGCAGGGUAACUGGGUAAGACCGACUCGGUGCGGGACCCACCCUCUCAUACUUGGUAAGUCUAAACAAUUAUAUAUAUAUAAGCAGUUGCGCUUAUCAUAUAAGAUAUGAUGAGAUUUUUAGUGUGCUAACCGCUUAUCACGUAACCGUUCAGCGUCUCAGCAGUCAUUAACACAACACUGUUCUCUUUACACAUUACUCUCUCUCUCUCUCUCUCUCUCUCGGCGCGCGCUCAAACUCUGUUCGUUGCUUCAAUCACCAAAAAAGUUCUUCUUUUUGCUUCAAUUCAGCGCUGUUCAUCAUCUUUCAUUCACAGAAGGGAUGGAUCCUAAUGUAGAACGGACGGAGCCCUCUAAGGAUACUUCGUCUGAGGUGAGAUCAGCCAUAUCACCAAACUUUACCGUAAAUGUUGUUCGAACAUUGGAAGAGGAGUCGUCUCCUACUAGCAUUGACUUUCAUCCUGCUUCAGAUGCGGUUCUUCUGGUUGGAACAGAUGACGGCACUGUACUAAUUUGGGAUGUCAAGGCUGGUGUGAAACUUUACUUCCACCAUUUUGUAGUUUGGGAUUUAUUAGUGUGUUGCACUACAGUUCAGGAUCUGGAGAAUGAUAAAAAAUUGAGAGUUUCUGUUAACAAAGUCUUGUGGUGUGAUCCUAGUGGCUCAUAUUUUGGGGUAGCAUUUUCUCAACACCUUGUUCAUCUAUAUCGUCGUGGCUCUGGUGGUAUCGUUUCCGUGAAUAAAGAAAUUGAUGCUCAUGACGGCAGUGUCAAUGAUCUUGCAUUUUCCCGUCAGAAGCCGCAUUCAUCAGUCAUACUGAUGCUCAUAACAUGUGGAGAUGACAGGAAAAUACAUGUGUGGAAUGCUGAUACUACAGCCUUACUUUAUACUUUUGAUGGUCACAGUGCUCCAGUUUGUUCAAUCUGUCCUUACUUGAAGAAUGAGGUUCAUUUACUCCUUUCAACUUCAAUUGAUGGAAAGAUGAAGACAUGGUUAUAUCACAAGAGGGGAGGAGGAGGCAAUAUUGAUUGCCCUGGAGUUGGAGAUUGCAAAUUGAAUUACAAUGCAGCUAAUAACAGGCUGUUCUUGUGCGGAAUCACCAAGGAUAGAGAGUCAUAUUUUGUGGAAUGGGAUGAAGUUAAAAGAUGCAUAAAAAGGUCAUACAAAGGGCUUAAGAAUCCAUGCUCUUCAACCAUCAAAUUCAAUUCAUCUCCAAACCAAAUUUUGGCUGCUGGUGAUGAACAUAUGGUUAAAUUUUGGAGUAUGGACAAUGUUGAGCUCUUGACAAGCACGGAUGCCGAUGGAGGAUUACCUGAAUGUCCAAGCAUUUGUUUCAAUAGAAGGAGCACAUUACUUGCUGUAUGUGCAAAAGAAAACAAGAUCAAAAUUUUAGAAAUUUCCAAUGAAAACUUGGGAAAGCAUGAGUGCAUAAAAAGGUCUGAUUCAAAUGAAAUGUGGCCGAACUAUUGGAAUGUUUCUGAAAUUUGUGAACCAUCUCAGUGCCAGAGUUUGCAACUGCCUGUUCAUACCAAACAUAUGAUUGAUAGAUUGACUUACAAUCAUGCUGGAAAUUGCAUUUUUGCGUUGGCAUUGAACGGUAGUCUUGUGCGUUGGAUGUGGCCAUGUGGCCAUACUAACUUGGAUGGCAAGGCAAAUACAAAGGUUUCCCCUAAGAGCUUUCAUCCGAUCUUGAGGAAUGACCUUAAAAAACACAACAGAAAAGACCAAGCUUCAUGCCUUGCUGUGUCAAAAGAUGAUCAGUAUAUCCUGUCCUCGUCAGGGGCUGCAAUCAACCUAUUUGAUCUGUAUCUGUCUCGGAUGAUGGGAAAUUUCAAGAGGAAUGCACCUAUGUCAACAUGUAUUGCUUUUCACCCUCAUAUAGACGGAGUAGCUGCUCUUGGCAUGGAAGACUGCAGUAUAUGUAUAUACAAUUGCUUUAUAAUAGAGGAUAUAAAGAAGCUUGUUGAUGGCCACACCAAAAGAGUAACUGCCCUUGCCUUCUCUAAAGAAUAUACUAUUCUCGUUUCUGGUGAUGCGGAUGCUCGGAUUUGUGUAUGGGAUACCACUGACUGGACACUGUACAAAGUUAUAAGCUUGGAAUCUCAACAGAGAGUAGAAUCUGAAACUUGCAUUCAGUUUAACAAAGAAUGGACACACUUCUUUGUUGCACAUAAUACUCACCUUGCAAUUUAUGAGGCCAAAAAAUUAAGAUGGGUCAAACAGCGGGUUCUAGAAGAUCCAAUCUCCCGGGCAGUUUUCUCAUGUGAUGGCCAUAUGAUAUAUACCCUGUUAGAGAAUGGAAAUAUUGCAAUGUAUAAUGCUUCAGAUUUGGAAAUUCAUUGCAAAAUUAAUUUUGCUACUUUUGUUUCCAAAGAUCCAAGUUUGACCAUCAAACCAGUUUCCAUUGCCGCACAUCCAAAUAAGCCAUACCAAUUCGCUCUGGGAUUCACAAAUGGUACUGUUCAGGUGUUUGAGCCUUAGAAAAAGUCGGAAGAAGCAAGCCACUAUGAAAUACUAUUUUGUUUCCCAUUCAAAUAUUACAUCUUACUCUUUCAUUGUAUUCUAGACAAUGCACACAUUUAAAUGGAGAUAUUCACUUUGUAGUCUCAAA